AUUUGACUUUCGGAUUUCCUUGCGUAACGUGUUUCUCUCUUGUGGCAGGGCAGAUGUAUCGACGAUUGUCGUGGUAACAUUCUCUGGGGUGCCGAUGCUUGGUGGGAUAGUGAUAUGCGGCAGAACCGAUUGUAUUUUAUUCGUCACAAAGAUGUCUUUCACCAGCGAUGUUAUCAAGCUGGACUUCCCCGUCCCUUCAUCGCCACAGACACAUAUGCGCACUGAAACGGGUUUCUCCGCUGUUACUGACCUGUCGCCAUGGAGCCGGCCACGCACGCUACGAGCAACCGAUAUGUUUAUUGGCGGUCUUCACAGGCAAUCAUUGCGAUCAACCUGAAGCUUGCGAAAAGUAUCCGGAGAGAUAGACAGUUCAGUCGAUGGUUGCUGGUUUCUUCGGAGGUUGAUUUGAGUUGAAACUCCUAUCUAUUGAUUGCGAAAGGGACGCUGCGGGCAACAGCUCUGUCUGUGACCCACCUUCGAACGCGGCGGAAGCCCGUGCCGGACUUUAAACGAUGUACCCCGUUUUCCACGUGUGGGCGUAUAUCGCAGACACAAUGGGAGACUCCUCAAGGAAAUAAAUUCUGUUAUGCACAGAUUUUACCGGUAUUUUUAUAGGGACUAGAUGCGAUAGUGGCAGAGUCGUCAUUACUGCCUACGAUAAUAACGUCAGAUCACGGAUCCCCUCGCGGCAGGAAGGCAUGAAUGAUCGCCAGCUGUUCGAGAACGCAGCUCCACUUACCCCACACUGUGCUAGACCCUCCAUAAACGCCUACAAGGCAAGGUACUGUACAUACAAUACUACCUCGUCAGGAAUUGAUCCAAGCAAUUGAGCCGCCAGGCACUCUACUUCGACGUCUCACCCCCCGAUCUCCUCUCUGCGAAGGCUCAAGGCGACGACGUACUUAUCGCUCGGACUAAUCGCACUUUCAACAAUCGAGCCGGCGAGUAAAAGACGUUAGCGAUCAUGUUUGUUCUUCCGCCCCCUCCUCGGUAUCCCACGCAUGCGGCCUACAAUGCAGCUAUAGCUGCUGGGCAGGUGCCGCCUAUGAUCGAGACGAACAAUAUCCUAUCAACCCCAACAGGACCUGAAUAUCAGCUGCUCGUCGGAGAAGGGACAUACGUGCUUAAAGAGGAUUUACAUCUGGCUACACCUCCACCGCACCCUUCUGAGGCUCCGAUUAUUAACCCGAAUCCUCUUGCCACAAAUCCCCAGCCGGCCUCGGCCGGGACAAAGAUAUCAUUACUAUCCCUCAGUACUCGCAAUUCAGCGCCAUAUUACUUCAGGCAAAGGGCAAAUUCGAGAUUGAAUGCGCCUAUACAUGAGCACCCAGGUGAGGAGCGCGCUUCGGCAGAGCUGAGCAGCGAGGGUGGCGCAGGUAGCCCGCGAAGCAGUAACCUAACCCGCCCAUUAUCCCAUGCGUCUACCCCGGCGUUCGGAGAAGGCAAUUCGAUGCUUUUACCCCAAGUAGGCAAAGAUGCCUCGAAACGCCGGAAGCCGAAGAACAACAUGGCAAAAAGCAACUCUUCGUUCAUAUCUCGUGUGAUCACUAACGAAGGGUUGGCCAAGCGCCUGGCGGACCGUCCUUCGGAUGGGUUGUUCGCAUUUGUUAAUGUUAAUCGAGCCUUCCAGUGGCUGGAUCUGUCCUCGCCGAAUAAGCAAGAUCAUCUGACCAAGAUACUGUUUACGAAAGCUCACUGUUUGUGCCACGAUAUUAAUAGCGUGACGAAGAGCACCACUCAUAUGGACUUGAUUAUGGGCUUCUCUACCGGCGAGAUUAUAUGGUAUGAACCAAUCUCGCAAAAGUAUACACGUCUAAAUAAGAACGGAAUCAUCAAUGCAACUCCCGUAUCGGAGAUUCGCUGGAUCCCUGGAUCCGAGAACCUUUUCCUCGCAGCACAUAUGGAUGGCUCUCUUGUUGUAUAUGAUAAAGAGAAGGAAGAGGCCGCCUUUCUUCCAGAAGAAAAGAGCAAUGAGGCUUUGGAUGCCAUCAUCGAGGCUGGCGGACGUGAGAGCUUGCACAUCGAGAAAUCCGUCCAUUCUAGAAACCAAAAGGUCAAUCCGGUGUCGUUCUGGAAAUUAUCUAACCAGCGGAUUAAUGCGUUUGCAUUUUCGCCAGACAGCAGGCAUCUUGCGGUUGUCUCGGAAGAUGGCACUCUCCGGAUCAUUGACUACUUGAAGGAGGAGCUCCUGGAUCUUUAUACGAGCUAUUAUGGUGGCCUCUUAUGCGUGUGCUGGUCGCCUGAUGGGAAAUACGUCCUCACGGGUGGACAAGACGAUCUCGUUUCUAUAUGGUCAAUGACCGAGUCAAUGAUCGUUGCGCGAUGCCAGGGACAUCAAUCGUGGGUAACAGCAGUAGCAUUCGACCCCUGGAGAUGUGAUGACAGGAACUACCGUUUCGGAAGCGUUGGAGAAGACUGCAGGCUAUUGCUGUGGGAUUUCAACGUGGGCAUGUUACAUAGGCCGAAAGCUGCUUCGGUGCGGCACAGAAACAGCGUCUCCUCGCGUUUCACAAGUGCGCUUCAGAGAGCUGAAACGCAGACGACAAUAGCGAGCCGGGUUAGAUCCGAUUCCAACAUAUCCACAGACACGGACGAGGGAUUGAAGACCGGACACCCUGUAGAGCCAAAGUCGCGGGUCGCUAUACUCCCCCCUGUACUGUCCAAAAACAUCGAUGCAGAUCCUCUCUGCUGGCUGACAUUCACCGAGGAGGCGAUUAUAACAAGUUGCAAGACUGGUCAUAUUCGAACUUGGAGUAGGCCGACUGAUGCUGCUGGCACCCCUGAGAAGCCUGCUGUGUAAAGCAUAACUUACUCCCGGUUACAAUAUAAGCACAUAUCAGACAGAGGCCUUGCAACCUGUUAUAGGGCUGGCAGGCCCGGCAUCGAUGGUCUGAAGGCAAGGCAGAUGGAAGCAGGAUUGUUUGAACAAGGUUACAAGCAUACUUUAUUACAGUGAUGUGUGUUUGGAUUGCGGCUGACGUGGUGAUAUCGUUACAUUGGAGUGAUCAGUUACUGUCGCACGACGCCUCGUGUCUCAAUGCCACAUGGUGAACCCCAAUGGUACCGGAACAGACACUGAAUGAGACAUGAGGCUUGAGCCAUAGGUUCUAAGAAUUUUUAUGAUCUAUUAUUUGACCACUGAACGCUUCCAAUCGGUGUCUUGUGAUUCUCUGUCCC